ACAUGCGCGAUGAUGAACCCCGCUGGAUCGUGGCGCGUUAUAUUUCUGUCACGGCCCAACGCGAGGCCCAAGACGAAGACCGCGGCGCUGCCAGCGGGAGAGCUAGCGCGUGUGCGGGCCAUCUGGAAGACGCAGUGCCGCCGAGAUCCGUACGUGCGUCUUGCAUGCGCGGCCGCACGGGAGAGGAACACCGCGCGCGUUUCCCAAAUCGGAUCGGCCGGAGAGGAUUCUUUUUUUGGAACUGCUCCGAGUGGGCCGCUGCUGCUAGCUCUCAUCGCGGCCGCCUAAACUCCGCAUGAACCGCAGACGCUGCUAACGCACCAGCGGCAGCCCUGAGCGCGGCGCGGUUGCCGAGGGGGCUCGGCCAUGCUGUCACUUCCCGAACUGCGCUGCCGCCCUGCGCGCCAAGCCGCCUGUCGACCAGCGACUCUCGGCUGACCUUCGAUUGCGGAGGGACACUGCAGGAAUCGCACAGCGGCCAACCAAUAUGGCUAUCCGACGGAAGAAACCGAGCCAGCCGGCUCGUCUGUCCGACCAGCCCUCCGCUGUGCACCAGUACUCCAAAACGCAUCGCGUCUGCAAGGCCAACAGCGGCAAUCAAGCCCUCAAAAACGUGAUCGCCGCUUCGACAACGUCGACGAAGCUCCCGCGGCAGUCGCAGGACCGGAUAAACAACCCUGCCAUGGCGACCAGCAGCAAAUGUUCGGACAGCCCGACGACCACGACCAGAGGCAGUUCGGAACUGCUAGCGGGCGUGGUGACGCUACACGGCAGCGACGAGAAUCGUUCCCACAACGCGACAAUGCCGCAGUGCGAUGACGGAAACCACAAAACUGGCAAGGACGUCGAGGGUGACGGUGCGCAGCAGGAGGACACUGUGUGCAAGUUGCAGAACCGGCUGCGCGACAACUGGUCCAAGCUGGUCACCGAUAGGAUCACCAUGAUGGCGUUCGCGCGAUCCCUCAAGGGACACAAGUGUCCCGCGUUUCUUUACUGCCAAAGUUAACCUCCGACUAACGCGCGUGCUUCCUUUUCUUUUCUCGCGUGUGCAUAGCUGCAUUGUACGCUGACUUUAGAGUUAUGUAGUUGAAAGCCGAGCGCUCGAGCUAACACUGGGCUUGUUCUUGAGGAAGGUGCCACAAAAUUGAGACUGUUUUAGCUUCACUGCGUGGUCACUAUUACGUUGAAAACGUUUGGCCUCUGGAGGGAAGCACACACAGAGCGAGUGACAGAAAAAGUAGUACAUCUGAGCCCAAGCUGCGUACUACUUCUGCAAAAUUGAAGCUAUUGAGCCCAGGCUGUUAGAAAAUUGGGAUUUUUCUCCAAAAUCCUAGAAUAAAUUUUGUUUAAACCUGGGCAAAUGCUAUGCAGGACACAGCCAAGCAGAUUACAAAGAAAGCAUCUGUUUCUGGCAUAAAGUAAAUCCUUGCUCUCGCUGGUCGGCGCUGCUGAGUGUUCACAGGUCAGAGAGUAUUAGAGAUGUGUAUUUAACACAAAUUAUACGUCAGCUUCCCACACAUCAUGAUCGUGGUACAAUCUUAUUGAUACAUACUGAUUUGUAGGUUAUGAGCAAGGACGACAUUGCAAAAACAACAGUUACAGAGCAAGGCUGUCGAUUAAGUGUGCGCACCAACUGUCCCAGCGGCUGGAACCCUACGAAUUGCCACACAUCUGUGAACUAGCAAAGAGGAUAAUUCACAGCAGCAGCUCUCAUGAUUGGGCUCUUUUAAGCCCUUUCAUGCAUGUAGGGUAGCUCUAGAGCUGCUUGGUCUGAAGCAUUAAUCAUGGUAAAUGGCAGGAUGUUGAAAGCAAAGUUUCAUGAUUGUUAUGUUUGAAGGACACCGGCUGCUGCGACAGUUUGAGACCAUACAAGGAAAAUCUUCUAGGUUUUUUCGUAUUUGGUGCUAGUUGCUGCAGAAUGAAUUGCUAACUGAAGCUCUACUGUAGGCUACUGUGAUCAAAACACAGGUAGCUAAAAAGUAAUGUGCAACUGGUUGCUAAAACUUCUUGCUGCCAGAGUCUGGCUGACCAAAACAAUGAAUAUGUAGCUACAUUAGUGUAGAGAAAAAAAAAGCUAUUAACAUAUUGCUUCAUGUCCACUGCUAAGUGUGCACUAGAGCAUGACUGCCAGAUUUGUGUGACUUUUGCUUCAUUGCUUACGUUGCGACUGGUGUUGAUUGUUGUUGGCAGCGAACAGUGCCAUCUGAGGAAUACUAGUCAACUAAAAGUCUAUCUAUUCUAUAGACUAUCGUAUAGUUUUUUUUUUGUGUUGUCCCUUUGAUGAAACGAAAGAGAAAACAGUAAAAGGCAAAGUAUUUUUAUUACAAUAAAA